UGGAAGAUAGAGAGAGAGAGAGAGAGAGCGAGAGAGAGAGAGAGAGAGAGAGAGAGAGAAUGGGGUCGUAUCUGUCACGCUAUAUUGACAACUCGGCAGGGGAGGAGUCCGGAGUGACGUCGUUUCACUCGUCGGAGAGAUGGCAGCUUCACUUGAACGCCCAUAAGGAAUCCUCCCAGCUGCUGGUGGUCGAUUUCUCGGCGUCGUGGUGCGGCCCCUGCCGGUUCAUAGAGCCCGCCAUCCGAGCCAUGGCCGCCAAGUUCACCGACGUCCAGUUCGCCAAGAUCGACGUCAACGAGCUAUCUGAAGUGGCGCAGGCAUUCGGUGUGGAGGCAAUGCCAACGUUCGUCCUGUUGAAGAAAGGGAAGGAAGUGGAUCGGGUGAUCGGAGCGCAAAAGGAUGAGCUCGAGAAAAAGGUCGAGAAAUACCGCUCUGUCUAAGAUCAGAGUUUGUGUUAAUUGGAAAGACCUGAUAUGCUAUAGAAGCUUUCUUGCUAGUGUGUGCUAAUGCAUAUAUUGUACACUAUAAAGGGGAACCAUAUUCAUGUCUCCCCGAGACCCCGAGACAUGGACACUCGGAGACUCGGACAGUGUAUGCUUGCUGGAUUGUGUCAAUGUGUAGGUUCUUCAGCCUCACCACUGAUUCCACAGCCCUUUCAGGGUGUGCAACUCCCUCAGCCGGCAUAAACAUUCAUAAGUAUGUAAUUUCGUAUAAUCUCGUGAUGUAGAAAUAUCAUCAAGGUUUAAAUACAAUGUGUGUUGUACCUGGCAA